GGCAGCCGGCGCGGAGGUGCCGCCUGGGCUCCCGGCGCGGCAUCAGCAGUCCCGGGACAGCCUCGGCCAGCAGCCAGUCCGGCCGGGGACAGGGGCUUUGUUACUCCGCGUGCAGCAGCCGCCGCAGCCCACUGCCCAGCCGGUUCUCCUCGCAGCGGCAGCCAGGGGCCGCCGCGCCUUUGUCUCCUGUCCCCCGGUCUCUGCAGCCUCCUGCCCGGCAAGCUCACCAAGAGCCACCCCCAGGACUGCGCUUCCUCCGCUCUCCAGCUCCAGCAGCUGGCAGCAGCUUCCUCUUCCCACGGCAGGGGGGCUGGAGCCUUGGCCGCCUGCCCCUGGUGCAUUGUGACCCCUCCUGAGCUCAGCAGCCCCCGCCCGGAGCAGGCAGGAGCUUGGACUGAAAGCGGAGAUGGCAUUUGAGGCGGGUAUCCUGAACUGCCCCUGGGCCGGCUCGCUCCUGGAACCAACAAAGCCUGGCGGUCUGAUUGCCUUGUUUUGUGGCCAUUUGCUUUUGUUUGGGUCUAAUGGUCUUAUUGUCUAGCGUAGCGCAGUUUCUCCGGUGUCUGGCAGGCAGCGUCUCUAGCAGGUGAAGCGUUGAGGUGCUAUGAGCCUGUGGACAGUCAGCUGUGCUCUGCCCCUGCCCCGUAGCUCUGCCUGGGUGUAGUACUUCAUCGAUCUGCUGCUACUGAUUGUAACCGGCAGUCUCCUGCUAGGUCAGUGGAGCCUGUCUUUUUUUGUUUUUGGUGGCCUGAUCUGAAUAUACAGCCCCUGCUGUUUUAUAACUGGAGCUUUUCAUUGUUCUGCGCCUGUCCGGUUCUGCCUGCUUGAUCAAGGGUGACUUUUUUUUUUUUUUAAGCCUACUCUAUGGUACGUCUCCAGGCCACUUCGUUUGCUUUACCGGGGCCCUGCCUUGACUCUUCCUUCUGGUUUGACCUGAGGAAACAACCUCCGGUUGGGUAAAAUAUACCUUGAUAUUGCACUGUUCUUCUGUGAAUGAGCCACACCCUUUUUUCCUUAAAGGGCCUCUGCACUCAGGCUGCCAUAUGCUGCUCUGUCUCUGGCAGGCUGAGGGGGGUAGUGGGCUUAGUGUUGUAAGCCACCAAUUUCCGAAGUGCAGACUGGGAUGCCGGGGGGGAAAACGGGGGGCAGUGGCGCUGCUGCCACCAAGCGCUGUGAGACCAGUGAAGAGGCAACUCAGAGAGAGGAGGAGCAGGAAGAUGAUGGUGAUGAAGAUCUGCGAGACGGUGGAGUUCCUUUCUUUGUGAACCGAGGAGGGCUACCCAUUGAUGAGCCCACUUGGGAGAGAAUGUGGAGACACGUGGCCAAGAUCCACCCUGAGGGAGAAAUGGUGGCUCAAAGGAUUCGAGGAGCCACAGACCUACCCAAGAUUCCCAUACCGAGUGUGCCUGCGCUCCAGCCGUCCACCCCCAUCCCUGAGCGUCUGGAAGCCAUACAGCGCUACAUCAAGGAGCUUCAGUACAAUCAUACUGGGACGCAGUUCUUUGAAAUUAAGAAGAGCAGACCUCUGACCGGGCUGAUGGACCUGGCCAAAGAAAUGACCAAAGAGGCCCUGCCAAUCAAAUGCCUGGAAGCUGUGAUCCUGGGAAUUUACCUCACCAACAACAUGCCCACACUGGAGCGUUUCCCCAUCAGCUUCAAAACUCACUUCUCAGGGAACUACUUCCGCCACAUUGUGCUGGGGGUGAACUUUGGGGGUCGCUAUGGGGCACUGGGCAUCAGCCGGCGUGAGGAGCUCAUGUACAAGGCGCCCACCUUCCGCACACUGAGCGAGCUGAUCUUCAACUACGAGGAGGCAUACCACCGCUGCUGGCACGUCCUCAAAAAGGUGAAGCUGGGCCAUUGUGUGUCCCAUGACCCACACAGUGUGGAGCAGAUUGAGUGGAAGCACUCCAUUCUGGAUGUGGAAAAGCUGGGCCGUGAGGACUUCCGCAAGGAGCUUGAGAGACAUGCCCGGGACAUGAGGCUAAAGAUUGGCAAAGGAACAGGGCCACCAUCUCCCACCAAGGAUAGGAAGAAAGAUGUGUCCUCCCCACAGCGGGGCCAGUCCAGUCCACACCGCCGCAACAGCCGUGGGGAGAGGCGGCUGUCUGGUGAGAAGAAGCCUGCUGAAUCCAAAGCCAUGCCAGACCUCAAUGGGUAUCAAAUCCGGGUAUGAAGAGAGGCACACCUGGUGUGCCUGGCUCCAUCGACUCUUCACUGGCCACACUUGAGACCAGGAUCCACUUGUAGCAAGCUCAACAUGGGGAAGGGGAAGUGGGAGUGGAGGGCUGAUCUUCCAAGGUACUUCUAUCAAGCCUAUCCCAGAGCUGUAUCCUGGGGAUCAGACAAGUCACCUGCCUGUCUUUUUAAUUCAACAAAACAAGUUUUUAAGAGAACAGAACUGCCAGUUGAUGGGAAGGUGCUGCAGGGUGCUCGGGAAGGCUCCUGUUGUGACGUGGUGAGGGGUUGAGCGAGUGAGGCCAAGCAGAGCUCAUGCUUUGCAUGGAAUCCUUUGGGCUGACAAAGACGACAGGUGGGGCAUUUUAUCCACAGUGCCUCUUCUAUGCUGAAGGUCUCAAGCCAGCACAAAGCCCCUGGGGUUGAAGGAGGGGAAGGUCUUGGAAUGGAAAGGCCCCUGCCUCUGGUAGAGGAAGGAUUUUUGGUUUUGUAACUUCUGUGUAUUUUGCUACUGUCACUCUUGUUGGGGAGGGAGGGAGUGAAAUACACAAUCACCUUCCCCAUCCCCUGUGCCUGCAGGGAAGAGGAAUAAGCCCUGAAAUAAUUAAUACUUGCAUCACUAAUGAAAAUGCAACCUGUCAGUGGUGUUGAGGGCCUCAUAUGCAGUGAAUCCACCACUCUAACAUUCUGUCUGGUCUGCAGGGUAUCCCACUAUGGCUCAUUGAUUCUGUGGGGGAUGAGUAUGUGCCUCCUUUCCUGUGAGGUGCUGUGGAUGCUUCCCUUCAUGGCAGGCUGUUCAGGAAAUGCCCAUGCUGUUGUAAUGUGGAAACAGGCUGCUGGACAGCUCCGUCUGUGCUUAGCUAGUACGAUAGCUGGAAACUGUGCCUCCCCUACUUCCCUCUUAGUGGUGGUCACUGGAAGCUGUGGGGAAAGCUUUGGCCACGGAGAUGCAAACUCCACCAGGAAGCAAGUGACUCUGCACAUGAGUAGCCUUCACAAGCAUCUUUCUCUUCAGAAAGGAAAGAACUUCAGUUUUUCCUUGCUGGGUUGUAGUGUUAGUCUCGUGGCCGGGGGCAGGGGCCUUCCUUCCCAUCCUGGCCACUUGCUUAACCCUGGAAUAUUCAAGGCACUACCACAUCAAAUUCCCACUUUAGCUCUUGUGUUUAUGAAGCUACUAUUAUGACACCUUGCACUUCCCCGUUAUAGAGUCUGGCUCCAUCUCCCCCUUUGAGGAAGGGCUCCUUUUCCUGGAUGCUCAGAGCCACAGUGGAAUUUUGGGAACCAGCCUUAAAACAGAAGGGCACAAGCUCCAGUGCAGUGCUCUGCUCAAGGGGUCAGUGUGCUGGCGAAUCCUUAAGCAAAAUAAGAUGGUGUUUUGUGGUCAUGUUGCCCUGUUCACCCCCACCCCUUGUCUACAUCCACAGCGGGCCAAUGCCUGCUGGAGUGCCUCUAAAAGUGCGGCAUACUGCCUCUAGGAACACACAGGGCACUGCCACAGCAAAUCCCAUGUGGUACCUCUGAGGCUGUUUUCAGGAAAUAAAUGCUAUUGGGGGUAGAGUGGGGAAAUGUUUCUCAGAUUGAAAUCAGGUGGGGUGCUGCAUUGUUGCUGUAGGGUAAUAACUCCCAACCCUUUCAUGCCCUGGUCUACCACUCCAGGCUUCCUUCCCUUCAUCUGUGGAGGUUUUGGAGCAACCCAUGCGCAGGCUGGGCAAGAGGGGCAGAAAUAGAUGAGUCGUGCUGCCAUACCGAGUCCAACCCAGGGGCUCAUGCCCAAGUUAAACCUAGGGGUAACAGCCCAAUCAAGAUUGAAAUGUCUUUGGGGAAUCACUGUCCAGGGUAUCCCAUUUCUCCAAACUGUUCAGUCUGGCCCAUUUUGAUUGCAGAGUCUGUCUGUCCUAGGAGCAGGGAGCAUAGCUGUGUGCCUGUCCUCCUCCGGUUUGUUUGACACAGUGUACUUAACAAUACUAAUUAUGUUAAUGAUUACCAUUCUCCAGCAAGCCCUCCACCUGACUAAAGCCUUGGCAGCCCACAAAUUUCCAUUCAAAGGAGAGGCACAGCUAAGCAGUCCACAUGCUGCAUGUCAGAACUGAGGAGCAUUGGCAGAUAUGCGUGUGGGGCCCAAAACUUGGCAUACCAGGGGUGCUGUAGCUCAUGGCUGAGUUGAUUCAGAGAGGGAGGUGGGAAGCAAGGGGUGAGUGGGUCAAGCCUGAGGCAUGUUGACAUAGAUAGGGGCUGGUGAAAUGUUUAACAUUAGGUCCUGUUACACUACAAAAAGUGUCUAAACAUUUACGAAAUCUGGCUGUAUCCAAAUCAUGUUAAACAUUCCGUAUUCUUUCUUGCCUGAGUGCAUGUUGGAAGCAUGAUUCAGACUAUAACUAUAGUAGAUAACUGGGCUUUCUGUCAUAACAUGGGUGGCCACAGACAUUUUGGUAGUGUUGAAUGGGGCCUUACAUCAAAUAAUAUCUUCUGUCAGUUAAAGCAGCAUUAACCCUUAAAACACUGCUCCAGAGGGAUCUAACUUACUCCUUACAGGUGCCUAAUCAUAAUCUUUCACCACCAGUUAGUUACUCUGUGGUUAUCACUGCAGUUUGUCAGUCCAGGCUCCUUUUUAGCUGUCUGUCCUUUCUGCAGCAUGGUGUGUGACAGGAAGAAAGAUUGAAUAGGGAAGUAGCAUAACUUGCUGUUUACCCAGAAUUACGUGGGUAAUCCUAAAGAAUUUAACACAAGUGACAGGUGCUAGUCUCCAGAACAUAAAUAAUGAAAUAGCGAUUGGAGUAGGAGGACUGGAAUUGGAGUCUCCUACCUCUCUCUGCCCUAACUACUGGAGUUAUUCCCUCUCUCACUCUGCCCCGUGACUGUUUAGUCACAGGGGAACAGCUUCAAGAGAAGAGAGUGAGGGAGCCCUAAAUCAGAAUAUCCCAUAGUGCAGUGAUCAGCGCAAUCCCCUUAGAAGGGGAGACCCUGUUCAAAUCCCCCCUGGGGAGGAGGUGGAAUUGAACCUGAGUCUCCCACAUCCCAGGUGAGUGCUCUAAUCACAGGGCAGCUCCAGCUCUUGCCAUUUUGUGUGGAGCACGGCAGGUGCUUAACUCAUUUCCUCAAGAAAUGACUUGGGGCCUAAGCUGUCUGACUCCAGGUGGCUGGUUCCCAUUUGUGGAUCACUAAGCAGAGCUGGGUACCGAUCUCUGAGAGAGAUGAGGCUAACCCCACACCUCUAGCUUAAGUGGCUCCCAGCCUAGCAUGUUGGCUCUUGUGGAUUGCAUUCUGGGGCCCCAUUCAUUGUAUAGGAGCCUAGGCACCUAACUUGGCUUUGUAUAUCACAGUGGUAUACCUCUGGUUUUUUUUUUUGGUUUUUUUUUAAGAUGCCUAAAAGUUAGGCACUGUGACACUCAAAGUAGGAAGUCCCUUCAUGGAUCCCACCCUUUCUUCUCCUAUCCAUCUACAGAGAAUCAUGAGAGAAUUGUGCAGUUAAGUCAGCUGCAUGCUAAUGAUUCUUUUGCAGAAGCAGGGCAAGGGCAAGCUCAGUGACACUAAAAGAUCAUCAGUACAGAAUGGAUGAAACAAAAUGUUUUGUGCCACCCUGUAAUUCAAGCUAUGUGGCUUGUUCAUGCAGAUUGUAACUGAAGCCAGUAGUAUAGAAAAUUAAGUAUACAUUUUAAAAAAUGAGUGGCAGGUAGAUAUUUUUCAAGGUCUCUUACUCCUCAUCCUUCAGUGUAUUCACCAGCUGGUGCCAGACAUGAAUAUCCUCUUUCAAGGUGUAGCUGCAUAAUUAAAUGCAUUAGGAGUGUUUAAAUUCUUCUGAAGCAUCUGUUGCUGUCCACUUUUCAACACUGAUAAAAGAGUAGAUGUUGCACUGGUUUGUUCCUAUGCAGAUCCACAGUGCAUAUGGUCUAAAUACUUUGACAGCUGUGCUCCUUGUAUCUCAGCAGUAAUUGCCCUCCUUCCUUAUUCCUUUAGUAAGUGAUAGGUGCCAUCAGCAGCUUCAUGCAUGUGGCAAUAGCUGCUAUUCUUAGGCUGGGCCAUCGGGGACAAACCCCCAGGCUGAACGGAAAGAUAUCCUAUACCAGUUACAAAAAUCCCGUGUUAAAUUCCGGAUCCCUAGUCCUCUCUUGGGAACAGUGAUAGGAGAAGAGAGAGAAUACUAUCUACACACAUUCCCCAAAGGACUGUUCUGCAGGACAGAGGUGCGUUUACUGGGUGCAGCAGUGUAACGGUUUGUGGUGGUCUCAUGGAUGGUCCAAGCCACAAAAGCUGGAAUCAUACUGCAGAUCAUAGAUGAUCACAGCAGGAGUCAAGCCCCUCCCUUGGAAAAGGGUGAGUGAACUCAUCAGACUGUGGCUGUAUCUUCCAUAAGCCAGUUCAGGGGAGUAACCCUAGUUGAGGACUACCGGAGGCCUCUCGCAUUGUUGUUCUGGUGGUGCCUGCGUGUUGGAUUUGGAACCACCACUUCUUAGUGCUCCUAUAUCUCUACUCUGGGGUAGUGCCAGGAGAUUGGUAAUGACCUGAUCAUUUUUUUCCCCUCCACUUUUUUUGCUCUUGCUCUUUCUCUCCACUCUGUAAUGGUGAAUAUAGCAAGACAGGAGCCAGUUCAGUAUAAAUCCCACCUUCCCUGCCACCUCAGAGUCCACUGUAGCCGAGAGCAGGACAUUGCUUCCUGGGGCAAAAACUAUCGGUGCAGUCCAGCCAUGAGAAACCCUGGGCAUAUAGCUUAAUAACCUUAAUUCACCAGUUAAGUAGUAAUGCUGUCUUUCUCUCCUCUGCCCAUGCUGCUUGCCCUGGUCUGUUUCCUCCAGCCCCAAGAGUAGUAGCCUGACUGCUAGACCCAAAGAUGGGACUGUGUUGUAGCUUAAGGGUAAAGUUGGUCCUUUAAACUCACUUUCUUACAGAGGUUUGGGAUACAGUGAAAGUUGUUAGGAAUGAAUGAAGGCAAUGGGCCUGGAUCAAUUGAUAAUCCUUAAUGUUUCCAGAGCAAAACAUGAACCAAGUGGAGUCCAGGGCAGAGGAUUUUGUCCAGUAUUAGCUUGGAGUCCUUUUAAUAAGGUCUUAUAAAAACCUCACUGGUGAUGUUUUUAUAUUAUGUGUUUAAAUCCCACUUUUUCAGGCUCUCCUCCUUAUAUACUCCCUAGUCCAUGCAAGUCUGAAACCGGGGGGGGGGAGGAAGUUCCUCCAUACAUGAGCCAGACCAUACCUGCAUUGUAUAUGUCAGGUGUGACCAAAUUGUGGCUUGUGGUGCCCUCCAUGCCCCCACCCCCAUUCUCCACCUACUAGCCUUCUGUCCUGUGGGGAGGAUGGUCUCAGGUCUUCAGCCCCGCAGGAGGCGCUGUCCUGUGGGGCAGGGUGUGCUUGUCUUGCGGCUCUCGAACUUCUGAAGAUUAUCUUAUGUGGCUUGGAGGGUCAGUAAGUUUGGCCAUCCCGGUAUAUGUGGUUAACCAGGGCUACAGAGAGAGGGCCUUUACUGAAUUCCUGUUAGCAAGACCAUUUUCAAAUAUGAAUGCUGGGUUCAAAACACAGUUCUUCCUAACACUUCUAUGGUGCUGGUGUAGACACGGCCUCUUGUUCCACACCCUUCAGCAACUUAAUUCUACAACUGUCUUAAAAUAAAUGAGGCAAUGAACAGAGACCAAGGGGUUCUGCCCUGGGGUAGUCUGGCAUGGUACAAAUAUACCAGGCUGACAGCUGAAAAGUGGGCUCAGGUCUCCAUCAGCAUCUGUGCAAUAGUCUAGGCUUGUGAGACUCCAGUGUUGCUCUGAAACCACUCUGCAGUGGCUUACUGCAUUUCAUGGUAUGCCAUAGCUGGGGGAUGUGUAAUGCUUUGUAUUUAGGUGUGAUUAUCCUACCCCUUGUGACACCCAGUUCAUAUGUACUGCACAUCUCUAUAGUGUACUCUAUACCUUGACAGUUACAGUAGAUGACUCCAGAGCCUUGUCUUGGAUGUAGUUUGUGUGUAGCAGGAGAGGUAAGUUAUUUGCCCAGUAGCAGAAAAAGGAGUUAUUUGCUUUGUUGCUGUUACCAGAGCUGCUUUACGUGAAGAAUGUUGCCAUGGUAUUGCAGCUAAAACCCUGAACCAGACUCUGACCCCAUAAGUCACCUGAAAGGCUGGUUCACAUGUGGUAUGGUAUAAACUGGAACAUGAGUGUCCCUAAAAUAGUCACAAAGGCCAAGAAACCACAGCCUAGAAAAGAAUCCUACAUUGCUAAGGGGCAGAAGUCUGGACUAGAUAGGAAGUAGUAGGCCUGAUCCAACUGCAGAGGCUCUUGCUACUGAGUUGGGCCAGUUGUUUUAGGCAUUAUUCCUUGUGAUUGACGUAUCCAGGGAACGGCUGUAAACAGGGCAUGCUCUUUUCCCUCUGUCUUACUUGUGAGUCUGCUUCGUUGAAACAGCACCAUGUGCUCUAAUAGUCUUGCACUGCUGCCCUGUCUCUAAUGUAUAGAAUCUGCAUAGGAGGGAGCCUGUGAUCCAACUCAGGUCAGCAGUUCUUGGUUGGCUCUUGCUCUGCCAAAACAAGGUGGAGUCUGUCUUUAUGCAGCCGAGCUGUGCUCCUCGGGGAGUUCAGAAUGCUUGCUGGUCUCCUUAACAGAUGUUUGUUCAUAUCACAACCACUCUUCCUCAGGGUGGUGCCUAGGCACUGUCUGCUCAGGAGAAAACCAGCUUAGGCCAAGAAGGCAACUGAAUCUCCUAUACCUCUGCAGAGCAGUGUUUUCCCUCCAGCCUCCAAGUCAGGGCUGAGAUGGUGCUAGUGGGACUUGCAUAGUCCCUUCCAUGCACAUCAGUAUUUAUCCUGUUUCUGUUACACUGUGGUGCAACAGAACCAUUUACAUUUUAUCACUGAUACUGCACAGAACUAACCAAGAAAUGAAGGACUUUCUUUAUGGACUGCUUCAAGUGUGUCUUUUUUUGUAAUUAACCAGUUGUGGGUCUGUUUUUCUAUAGUCAACACAGAACCUGUAUCUAGAUUUAGUUUUAACUGCACUUGUAUCAUAUCAGUAUUUCCUCCUCCUUUCACGUGAGAAAAUAAAAGUUCCUAUCUGCACAUCUCUUGCCUUGUGCAGAGAACAAAAUGAAAA